AAACUCAGCAUGGCUGACAGCAAAGUGAGUUCUCAGAGUAGGCAAAUGGCUCAGCUGAGGACACGAUCAACCCAGCUGGAGGCAGAUGUUGAGAUGACCAAGAGACACCUGGCCACUGAGCGCUUUGAAAGGGAGCGUGCAGUACAGGAGCUGCGCAGGCAAGGGCUCUCAGCUAUUUCUCCCGUCCUCUCCUCCACUAUGCGCUGCUCAUCCACUUCCCGUCAUCGCUCUCUGAGUCCUCACAGAUCAUUGUCUCCAGAACGCUCUCAUCACAGCACACCUGAGACACCGCUUGUGUCACAUUACCCUGACAGGAGUCUGACUUUCAGGGACCUUUAUGACUGAGAAGAUCUCAAUACUGUAAUCUUCCAUAUUUUGGCUGGCGUCAUUCAUUGAUUUGAUCUGCUUUUGUCUUUGAUUCUGAAGACAAUCAAUAGACUUGUAUAAGAUCUUAUAAGAUUUACCGUGACAUUGGUCAUGUAUUUCAAUAAAUCAAUUGUUUACUGUGAUUUUGACUGUUUUGCUGAAAUUGUUUGGCAUUGACACGCACACAGUAAAGCUGUGGAGGGGUUUCAUGAUAAUGGCUUUUUA